AUCCCCCUCACUUCCGUCCCCACUCCCCUCUCCCAAUACCUUUCACCGAUUAGUACGAGCGAAGGAAAAAAGAAUAAAAAUAAAAAUGAGCCCCUUCUUCCUCAACUGUCCCGACACAACCGAUCGCCUAUUCGCCUCGACCUCCCGCCAAUCCCUUCCACCCCUCCUCCAAAGUCCCCUCCCCCCUCCCCCACUCACCCGCCUUCUUCUUCCGGAACUAUGAGCUAACUGCCAACCAACCCUCCCACAGCCUAUCACCGCCAUCGCCGCGGAACACAAGCAUCAUCGUCAUCGUCGUCCUCGUCGUCUUCAUCGUCAUCAGCAGAUGGUGAACUAAGCGCGAAUCAGGUAUCGGAAGUGCAGCCGCCAGCAGCACUACCGCCGAAGACCGCACCGUCACGUUUCGAGAUUAUGUUCGACCUUUCCACGCCCGCGCCCGAGAGGUCUUUGCCCGCGAUUCCGAAGAAGCGUUCGGGGGCGGGGAUGAAGGCCUCGUUGAAGGCGGAGGGGAAGGAGAAGGGGAGGGUGGAGGAGGGAUAGGUGUGGGAGGAGUGUAUUUGAAGUGGGGUGGUAUUGUCAAGUUAACUGAGAGCGAGCGAGUGAACGGUCUUUUUUUUUCUUUUUUCUUUUUUUCUUUCUCUCAUUUCCCUCUUUUAAUUCGCUUUGCUCGGGAUUGUACGUUUUCUGGGAGCGUAUCUGCGUGUUCGAUCCGUAGCGGUGGGAAUAGUUGAAAAAACCGCUGGUACCUCGGGUUUUCGGUCAUGGAUUAUCACCCGUAAGCUAAUCCAUUUGGAG